AUGGUUUCGCCCAUCUACGUCCCCCAGGACGUUGUUGAUUUUGCAUAUCUUGAUCCGACGGUGCUCUGCUCGUUCACUGCGGACACGCCGAAGCUCGGAAUCACUCUCAAUUUCGUCGUCCGAGUCCUGCACGUCGCGAGCGGCAUCUUCGGCCUUCUAGAUUUUGGCAUGGAGAAGACGCGAGCUCUGAUACUCGUGAGUUGGCAUGAGCGUGCGGAGGGAAGUGAAAACCAACGUAGGGACUGCCAGUAG